UGCCUUCUUAUACGGGUGAGAAGCACGAGCCUCAGCCCUGAGCUGCAGCGCUGCGAAGCCUCUCCCACCUAGCCCAGCCAGCUGCGCGCCAAGCUGCAACUCUCCUAGACCGUAGCAGCUUGGAAGCACCCUUGCCGCAGGCAUGGAGAAAACUUCUACAGAUACACUUCCUCUUACCAUGAUUUCUUCAGAAGAGCGGGAGACGAUAUGUAUUUUUGGAACUGGAGAUAUGGGAAGAUCACUGGGACUUAGAAUGCUCCAGUGCGGUUAUUCUAUUGUUUUUGGAAGUCGAACCCCCAGGAUGUCCAGUCUGCUGCCCAAAGGCGCAGAUGUCUUGAGCUAUUCGGAAGCGGCUCAGAAAUCUGACACCAUAAUCAUAGCCAUCCACAGGGAACAUUAUGAUUUUCUCACAGCACUGACUGAGGUUCUCCAGGGGAAAAUAUUGGUCGAUGUCAGCAACAACCUCAAAGUCAAUCAAUACCCAGAAUCCAAUGCAGAAUACCUUGCUCAGCUGGUGCCGGGAGCCCAUGUAGUGAAGGCAUUUAACACCCUCUCCGCCUGGGCUCUCCAGUCAGGGGCACUGGAUGCAAGUCGGCAGGUGUUUGUCUGUGGAAAUGACAACAAAGCCAAGCAGAAAGUGAUGGACAUAGCUCAUACUCUUGGGCUGACUCCACUGGACCAAGGAGCCCUCAGGGCAGCCAAGGAAAUUGAGAACUACCCCCUGCAACUGUUUCCAAUGUGGAAGGUCCCCUUCUACUUGUCUGCUUGUCUGUGUGUCUUCUUUUUUAUUUACUGUGUUAUCAGAGAAGUAAUCUACUCCUAUGUUAAUGACAAGAAGGACAUCACAUUUCGCAUGGCUGUUUCCAUUCCAAAUCGCGUCUGUCCAAUGGUGGCGCUGAUACUGCUUGCGGUGGUUUACCUCCCUGGUGUGAUCGCUGCCAUCCUGCAACUGUACCGAGGAACCAAGUACCGCCGCUUCCCAGACUGGCUGGACCGCUGGAUGCUCUGCAGGAAGCAGCUUGGCUUGCUAGGACUGGGAUUUGCCUUCCUUCACGUCCUCUACACACUUGUGAUUCCGAUUCGUUACUAUGUACGAUGGAGGUUGGGAAACGCAACUGCUACCCAGGCAAUAACCAAGAAAGAAAAUCCAUUUAGCACCUCUACGGCCUGGCUUAAUGAUUCAUAUAUAUCUUUGGGAAUCCUCGGAUUUUUCUUUUUUGUCCUCUUGGGGAUCACUUCCUUGCCAUCAGUUAGCAACUCGGUCAACUGGAGAGAAUUCCGAUUUGUCCAGUCCAAACUAGGUUACCUGACCCUGAUCUUGUGCACGGCUCACACCCUGAUAUACGGCGGAAAGAGAUUCCUCAGUCCUUCGAGUCUCAGGUGGUAUCUUCCUUCAACUCACAUAAUAGCACUCAUCAUUCCUUGCACCGUGCUGGUGAUCAAGUUCAUUCUCAUCCUGCCUUGCAUAGACAAGGUCCUCACAUGGAUCCGACAGGGAUGGGAAAGGAGCUCGAAAUCCUCGGAAUCAGCAAUGAAUGGAAAAACAGACAUUUAAAUCAAUGUUCAAUUCUCCCAGAGUCUUUAGAGAUGAACAAUGGGUUUAGCCAAGAAAGCAUUUUUCUCCCACCUCAGCCUGAAGUUUGUGAACAACAAAGGAAAUGUUGCCUGACUUUGAGAACUUGAGAGAUUGGAAGAGAACAGCAUUUUACCUUGGGUUAGUGGUGAAUGAAGGCAGGCCCCACCUCGAGCUCCAGAUUAGCUUUGUGGCUUCACACUCAGAAGCUUCUCGUUGUGGGCGCCAUACUAACGUAAUGUCUUGCAAAUUCCAGCGGAAGUAUAUGCAACUUCCUUCUCUGGCUCACAGGCUGAGUGGAGUGAAAGAGAAAACAGUAAAAUGGCAGCCACUGAUAAAGGUUUUAGUAGGUAGGGCUGAAGAGGAGGGGCAAAUGAAGUGAAAGGAAGAAGGGUUUUUUUGUGUUUUUUGGACAUGAAAGUGGUUAUAAAUAUUGCAACAGCGAAUUCUGUAGUGAAAUGUCUUCUUUGAUUUUGCUUUUACCAGUAUCAAUGUGUAUAGUGGGGAACUAUUGUAUACUGUAACAAAAAUAUACUACAGUUGAUUGGAGGUAUGGGUCAGAUAUAUGCAAAUCUGUACAGUUGUCCAAAGAUCCCUCCUCUACAAGAAAGGCUGAGUUAAACAUCGAAGGAUACCCACUUGGGUUUUCUCAGUGUACAAAGAGCAAGGAAAGGUUGAUAAAAGCCUGUGCACAAAAGUUCAAAUAAACCAGAAUUGUAGAUAGCAAGCUAAAUAAAUAUUGUAAAGUUACACUACAUUAGGUUUGGUUUUAUUUAGGUAUUGUGAUAUGCUUUGUAAAUAAUGUAUUCUAAAUAUUAUUCAUUAGUAAUGCCCUAUGAAAUGAAUUUCUAGCAUAAAAAAGUAGCUUCUAUAAGUUGUCUUAGCUCAUUGUCAUUUUAAGCAGUGAAAUUAAAUGAAUAAUGAAUGUGUAAGCAUGACAGACAUGCAGGUUAGGGAGAAUUGUGGGCAGCCUCAGGGCAGAGAGGUGUGCACCGUAGUUGUUCCAUGAAACCCAGCUCUUUCUCGCGUCCUCACCGCAGCGCAGGACGACUCUCUGCUUUUCUGUGAGGAUGGUUCGAUUUCCAAGAUGACCUUCACCAGGAUUAGCCUUCCUGGCUCCCACAUGGAGCUAAAAGGAGCCUUAUGCACAAUCUUCUCACAUCCUGAAAGAAUAAAAAGGCUUUGGGUUUGACAUUUCUCUCCUGCUUUAUCAAGGCCAUUUGCUUUUCUCUCUUUUUUUAUUACUUUUAUCAUAUAUUCUACAUAACAGUAUACAAAAUAAUUAAAAUGCAUUAAAACAUCACUAGUAAUCCAGGAUAUUUAUCUAUAAAAGUUUUUUAAAAUAUGUCUAUCUAUACUGUAUACUCAACUUUAUAUCCUUUUUCACUUAAUAUAUCAGCAUUGUUCUCUUAGUUACACAGUAUAUAUAUUUAAUUUAUAACUGCAUAAUAUUAUAUCAAAUGGACAUUUAUUACCCACUGCCUAAUUAAACAUGAAGGUUGUAUGCUGUUUUUUACUAAAACAAAUAAUAUUUCAGAGAGUAACUUAGCACUUACAACUUUUUUCAUUACUUCAAAUUAUUUCCUCAGGACACAGGAUUAUAAAAUUAAAAAACUUUUAAAGGAUUUGAUAUAUAUUGCCAAAUUAUAUCUAAAAUGACCUUGUCAACGUCACUAGUAUUGGUUAUAAGGGUAUUGGUUUCAUCCUACCCUUACAGAUUUUGGUUUUUGUUUCAAUUUGUGUUCACGGAGAAGAUAGACAGAACACGCAAUCCAUCGCUGUAUCCUUGACCCGCCCAGCAAGGAUACAGAACGCUGGAAGACUUUGAGCAGAGCCGUGGCGUGUGGUGCAGGCCCAAAGCGUGAAUGGGAAGGACAGGGAAAAUGUCAGUACUCAUCCGCUCUGUUUUAUUCCAGACAGCCAAGUGUUCAAGCGUUGGAGCCUGCCCUUUGGCUAGCAGAUUGGUUAAGGACUAUCUAGGCUGAUAUUUUAAAAAGCCAUUUGGGUUAACUAUGCUCCUUUUUAGUAACAGAGCAAUAUGUUUUUACCGGCUCACAAUUUUUUACUAAGAAUAGAAAAUACUACACCUAGGUAACCAAGCUUUCCUGGAGUAAAAUGACUCUACUUUUCUAACCUAGCAAAAAUGCUCUACCUGGAUCGUUAAUAACAGCUUUCCAUGAAGCUAGAAGUUAGAGCGCAGCCCCCUGGUGGUUUUGACAUAACACUGCAUGGCCAGGCCUGACCCUCAGCCUCAACCUCAAAGGCUGCAAACCCCACAUGCCAGCAGAAAGGCCAGUUUCCUUUUCUUCCCCCCCCCCAACUUUCUUCCCCGAAAACCAUCAACCCAGUUCGGCCAUCCUAACACAGCCAUCCCUCUGGUUUACUUAAGGGGGAAAGAAUGAGU